CAAAAAACAUGUAUAUCGAGUGGUUCUCUUGACGGGCAUGAUGACGAUAAUAUCGUGUGCAUUAAACACGGCCACUUAAAGAUUAACUUGUGUGCCUCACAAGUCAGCUGAAAUUUGUUUAGAAGAUGCCCCAGGGGUUAUCAAUUAAUCCGGGUGACUGUAAGGAAGAUAAGGACAUUAUAAUUGACAGAUUAAAAAAAAAAUUUUGAAGCUGCUAGCAAAGUUUUUGCAAACAUUUUGUAUGACAUUUUCAUAACAAAAUAUGCAUAAGGGUAUUUUCAUACUAUAACAUUGAAUAUACAUCAAAUUAUAAGCCCCCUUCUAAUAUUAGCCUCUCUCUUUUAAGCACCUUCCUUCAAAGACUGAAAAAUAAAUUAGCCCCCCUCCCUGCUUAAUAGUACUUUUAUGGUAUGUAACUUUUCAUAAUUGUUGUGUAUUCGGUUCUGCUUGAAGCAUUCUAAGGUGAGAUCAAAACAAGGACUUUAUCUAUCUAUUCAAGGUCCACAGGGUAUAUUACAGAACGAGGUGCUAAAACCUUUUUUGGGGGCUGAAUAUGCCAAAAAUUCAAGAACAAGACGAUUUUUUGUGUGGUUUUAAGUCAACUUUGAAAAUUAUUGGGGGGCUAAUGCCCCCUUGGCCCCCUCGACCCCAUCACCCUGCUUCUACUGUCCCUGCCUUUAUCUAAUCUAUGAUGCAUAGAUUAUCGUUUAAAUUUUUCUUAGAAUAAAGAUGAAGUUUACAUAAACAUUUUUCUGGUUGUCCUAUCUGAACUUGCCAACCCUGGAAGAUUCAAAACAGACUUUGAAAGUGUUUGAAAUAUUUCAAAACAGACUUUGAUUUCUAUGUUUUUGGCAUGAACAACUAGAUCUGGAAAAAGCAUGAAAAUGACGAAAAAUCAAAAGAAAACAUCGAGAUGACUAAAACAAACAAUUUUAAUGGCUUAAACCCAAUGGCUCUCUGGGCAUUAGCCAAUGAUGGUGCCGGUGGGGGACUCGUUUAAUUUUAUGAGGAAAUUUGGAGAGAAGGGGUAAUGUUUUGGGAAAGUAUUUUUUGUGAUGUGGUUAAUUGGUUUUGAAGCAUGGGCGUUUUCAAUUGGUAAAAAAGAGCAACAACUGGAAGAUCGGCAACGCCUUUCUCAAAAAAAUCAUUCUUUGAUGCACGCAUUUUUUUAAAGGAUAUACUUUAAAAGUAAGGAACUACUAGGCUAAGUGAAAACGCAAGGAAUUUUUGGAUUGGAUACUGUGCCAAGAAAUUUGACAAAGUAAAUCUUUGAACGCACAUAUCUUAAACAUAGAUAAUUAUAUUAUUCAUAUUUAUAUUAGAUAUAUUAAAACGAGAUAAUCCUUUCAUUGAAAUCCUUAUUAAUCAAAUUUUCGGGAAAUUUAUGGAAAACGGGAAAAUUCGAGGAAAAAUUUGCGUUUCAAUUAUAUCUUUGCCUCAAAACCAAAGUUUUUUAAAAUCAAAUGUUUUACUUUUGCUAAUGGGAUUAGUACAACCACUUGCUGCAACCACUUUUUGGGCAAGUUUUCGUUAGGACGUUAGCGCCCCUUUUCGCAAUUUUUUGGAUUGUCAACGAUUUCAGAGCAGAACGCCAUGUACAUUCGAAACCUGACCUAAAGAGCAGAAGUAAAAUAGUCUCACAACCCUUAGAAUAGAAACAAUUUAAACUUAAUAUGUAAACAUGGUUUCGUAUCGCAUAAUAACUUUCCAUUCAAACCAACAUUAUGUAGUACAUUUUCACACGUGAUUCUUGCAAAUGUGGUUUUUAACAUAACCUACGAGUUCCGUUUAUUUUAAUAAUUUCGAUACAAACAAGCGACAAGACCAAAUGAUUUGCAAAUAGUGGUUGUUAUUUAUUGACUCAGUGGCAUAGCCAAUGUAACGUGAGUAGCUAAUGUUUAGUUGCUAUGAAUUGGACGAUUAUUCAAAUUGAAAGAAAUGAGGUGAGUGAAUCAGCAAUGUUCUGUUUAUCCGUACUUUAAAAACACUGCAGUAGCAGAGACUGUUGAUGAAGAUACCUCUCGAUAUGCAAAUUCAGUUGAAACUGUUCAAAAUUGGGCGAGAUAUGGCAGAUAUAGGAUUCCAAGUUUGCCAACGGAUUAUUGUUUUUUUUCUGGCCUGUUUCAUGAAGUUACUGUAUUAACCAAGACCAAAUUAAAGAGGUUUGACGGGGAAAGAGCCCGUGCGUAUGUGGCCAUAUCUCAGUCAAACUGUAACACAUGUAACACAAUUGGUUUUUUAAAUUAGAGGUAUUUUAUUAUGCUUGUUCAGGUAUAUAGUCUUUUGUAUCGUCAUCACUUCGUACCUAAUAGGGACUUUCAAUACUAGUUUAAAAAAAAUAAAAGAUAAGAGAACCAAAUUGUUCAUUAAAACCACCAACGAUGAUGUCAAUGGCCACACAUGGUUGAUAAUAAAUGCAGGGUGAUAAUUUCAGCUGGAAGAUUUUAACAUCGAAGAUUUUUAAUGUGGGACAUUUUUACAGGAUACUCUUUUCAACUUUGUCAUUAAUUCCCUUUAAACAGCAUUAUUAAGGAUAAAAUAGAUCAGAAUCUGAAAGCCGAAAGAUCAACAGGUUGUUACUUCUAUCUAACUUAUGGUUUAUCUGAUACAUCCGUAAGUUGUUGGAAAGCAAUUAUUGAUUGAGACAGAAAAUCUCAUAGUGGAGAUUUUGAUACGCAAGAUCGUUUACGGGGAAGGUUUUUGACAUGAUAAUUUUUUGUUGUUGAAAGGCCCUAGCGUCUUACGUCAUGUUUUAAAGACUCAUUGCUAACAAUGAGCCAUUGCGCUACGCAAGCAUCCCAUAAUGCAUUUUCAGACAGUCUGAAAUCAAUUUUGGUUAAUCCGCAGAAGUUUACUGGCAUUGUUUUGAUCGUCGCCACGCUCGCAAAGGCCCAUUGUUAGCAAUGAGUCUUAAAGUUACCUCGUCCACGCCACUAGAAAUGAAUAUUGAAAUGUUAAUCGCAGGCGUCGGGAGCACUCCCUUUAACUUUACUUACCCCUCCCCCACUUUCUGCAGAUAUUGUGUCCUUAAAAUUUGAAAAUUUACACUUAACAUGGUUUUCUUACAUUCUCUAUUAACAUUUCUUGAUACCCCCCGAGUCUAUUUUGUUUAUAAUGGAUAUUUGCUAUUAAAGACCUGGAAGAUUCCUAUUAUGGUGAGCGUGUUUCGUGGAAUGAUUAAAAGCAUUACCAAAAGUAAAGGAAAUCACUAUAACGAUUUUGAAACAUGGUCUUCUGGAUGACAAAGAAUUUCCCUUCACAAAAACUGAUGGUGGGUAGCCUAACGUGUAACUGCCCUAUUGUUGAGCCCGAUGUUAACCCUCCAUACACUCAUUUUCGAAAGAUCUCUAUCCUGAAGCCAAGUGGUACGGAAUUCUGUUUUAUUAAGUGCAAGCUUGUUUACGUUCUCGAUUAACAUCGAGUACGCAAACAAAGACCCCGUUUACACUGUCCCGUGCAAGUUUGGAACCGUGACAAAACUGUCGCGGUUCGCCCUUGCGUUUACACUAGCACUGUGGAACCGUGACGAUUUUGCUCUGCUAUCCGGAACAGUUUUGACCCUGCUUUGAAAGCGAACGAAUUUUGUACCGUCACGAACGAAUAGGGCAUUCAACUAAAUAGCUCUCGCAAGUUUUGUCUCAUGUCCUACAGUUUAACAACGUAAUGAUUGCUGUUAUCUUUAUAUGCCAAACGAAGGCCGACAGCCCAGUCUGUGAUGGCUGCCAACUCAAUAUUUCCGAUAGGUUUCUAUUAGAAGCUUUGGACUCAAGAUGGCAUUACGGAUGUCUUAGAUGUGAUUGCUGUGAUGUGGUAUUAGCAGAAAUCUCACAAAAAUUCUACUUUAAAUUUGGCAAAAAGUUUUGCGUUUUUGAUUACCUAAGGUUGUUUGGACCGAUGCAACAAUGCUGCGCUUGCAAAAAGGCGAUCAUGUCCUGUGAUCAUGUUAUCAAAGUUAGCCAAGAAGCUAUUUUUCAUUUACAAUGCUUCAAAUGUGAUGUAUGUCACAGGAGAUUCUGCGUUGGGGAAAAGUUCAUUUUUGACAGAGAAGGCAACACGGUACUGUGCAUUGCCGACUGUAUCCCAACAACUAAGAUCUCAAUGGCUAACAGCUAAAGACAUUUGCAGUAAGCUACAAAAAACACUUUACGUCGUAAAAGUCAUUAAAACCAGAGCCCCCCCCCCUCUCUAAAAGAGUUUCACCCCGGCCCGUGUUUUAUCCCGACCUGAGUUCAACCCGGAUUGAAUUUCAUGUCUGGAUUUAGCUUUUCGGGAGUUUUAGCUCUCUAUCGUUAGUCGAAAAGCUCUUUAUGUUUAAUGGUUAAAUCAAAGAAAACUCUUCAAAUCAUUCCAUUUUGAUUAAUGUACCCGCUCAUAGAAACUGUUAUCCCAGA